AUGUAUUCCAACGCCAAACACGUCGCCCCUACGGCGGUCCUGAUCCUAAUCCUGUGCGUCUUGGGUACGGACCAAACUCUGUUUUCCCGGAAGAAGUCAAGUACGCCCGUUUCGCCUGUGGAUAAUGUUGCCCAACAAUCAAAGCCAGUUCCACAAAAAGAAACAUCACAUUGGUGGCAAAUGAAGUUCAAGCCUGCAGAAUCUAGUGAAAAUUCUGUAUCAAAUCAAGUAGCUGCACCUGUACCUGUACCAAUACACCAAAAGUUGCAGUCGAUCUUUGAAACCCAUUUUAACUCUGACAUAAAAUGGGUGCCAUGCCUGUGCCCAGUACGUAAGGGUGAAAAUGUGCAACAGCAUCAUCAACAACAACAACAACAGCCACAACUACAACCACACCAACAACAACCACAAAAAUCUGGGCCUUCGUAUUACCCUUCGAGCACGACCGAAGCACUAUCCGACCUCUCCAACAAUGACGUACCGCGUUUCAUCUUCGCAAACUAUCCAAUUUAG